AAGCACAGGCUGUUAACGUCGCAUACAUUCUGGCAUUCACUCCGUGCAUCAUUUUUUGAGGAUGCUGACGUUUGGCCACAGGACCGUUUACUAAUCUGUAAUUAAAGCAUAAAGAGAACCAGUCAGCAAAGUGAUAGUGUAAUAUAUUCAUUAUUGUAAGUUGCUUUAAGACUGUAGAUAUUAGUGGAAGGAGAGCUUCAUCAUCAGCAGAGAGAGAAGAGGGGUGUCUAGAGUCGUGUCAUCAUUUCUGAUCGCCGGUAAGAGUGGAUCGCGGGAUAAGGGGAGCGGAGCGGUGUCCGUGUCCAUACCGAGACUACUGGACGACAGCAUGGCCGCUGGGAAGGCAACGAGCAAACCGUCUCUCUGGCAGAACGAACGGGUCCGAUUCAUCAUCUGCUUCAUCGGGGUGUUCGUGUGUUACUUUUACUAUGGAAUACUGCAGGAGACCAUCACGCGAGGGGACUACAGUCACGCAGGGAAGAAGGAGAAGUUUCGUUACGCCACCACACUAGUCUUCAUCCAGUGCAUCAUCAAUGCUGCUUUCGCUAGAAUCUUAAUUCAGUUUUUUGAGGGCUCAAAGCUGGACCACACUAAAAGCUGGCUUUAUGGCAUGUGCUCUUUGUCUUACCUGGGUGCCAUGGUGUCCAGUAAUUCAGCCCUGCAGUAUGUCAACUACCCAACACAGGUGUUGGGAAAAUCCUGUAAACCGAUUCCAGUAAUGAUUCUUGGUGUCACAAUCCUGAGGAAGAAAUAUCCCAUGGCGAAAUAUCUGUGUGUGUUUCUGAUCGUCACUGGGGUUGCCCUCUUUCUCUACAAACCCAACAAAGGCUCCACCACAUCAGAUGAACACACGUAUGGCUUUGGAGAGAUGCUGCUGCUGGUCUCAUUGACUUUGGAUGGGCUGACAGGUGUAGCUCAGGAUCACAUGAGGGCGCGGUACCAGACGGGAGCCAAUCACAUGAUGCUGAAUGUCAACCUGUGGUCCACACUGGUCCUAGGAAUUGUUGUGCUGUGGACAGGUGAGGUGUGGGAGUUUUUGUCAUUUGCUGAUCGCUAUCCUGUCAUCAUCUAUAAUAUCCUCCUGUUCGGACUGACUAGCGCUCUUGGACAGACUUUCAUCUUCAUGACAGUGGUGUAUUUUGGACCGCUCACCUGUUCUAUCAUCACAACGACACGGAAGUUCUUCACUAUCCUGGGUUCAGUGCUACUGUUUGGGAAUGUCAUCAGCACUAUGCAGUGGUUUGGCACCGUCCUCGUCUUCCUUGGCCUUGGACUGGAUGCCAGAUUUGGAAAACCUCCUAUAAAGAUGACACACUAAAGACUGGAACUGUGUGUACGGCUGCAUGUGGACUCAGACAAACUUAGAAGUUUGUCCUCUCAACACUUUACCACACUAAUUCCAUCAGUGGUUUGCAUUUUUAGCACUCACAGUAUUGUUAUUAUGCUGAUGUUCUGAACAUUUAAUUAUGAGAAAUAUUUGCUCAUUAUCUCUCAAAAUGGUAUCUAUGGUAACGGAGGGAUAUUGCAGACUACAGUGUGCAUAAUCAUCAUCUGUCACGCUUAUUGAGAAGAAAAAAAAAUCGAAUUCAAAAGAUAAAGUCUGGAUAAAGAGAUUCUGUAAUCUAAAAACGAAAAAAAGCACACGGCUGAUUGUACCUCCUUAAACACUCCCUCCAGGAAGGCACCACUGAAUUUGUAACUACCCAGAUUCUUGUUUUUGACACAUUUAAACACGUCACCAUGCCUUCCAGUCCUUGCUGAAUUAAGACACAUGGGUUCUGCCUUAAUGUUAUUCUUAAUUUAGGCAGUGAAUUCUGUUUAGCAUCUGGUUGAUGUCAGUGCAUUCCCUAGGAAGUGUGUUCAUGUGUGUGGUGUGGAUGAAAUACUCAAACAUCAUUUACAUACAGUGGGAGGAUGUUUGUCUCAUUACACAGGCAUACCUGUUUAGAUGAGCUCUUUAAUGCUAGACAUGAAUUCUUUUCAUACCAGGUGUCAUAUUUAUUUUCAAAUCCUGGGUGAUGCGUCUCAUUUGUUUUGUUUGAGGUCCGAAAGAUAGCAAAUGUUUAGAAAGUUGACCGUUUUUUUUUACAAAGAAGAAAAAAAAAUAUCUUUGUUAUGCUGUAUCCUUAUGUCAGAAUAAAAAUAUUUUUUUUAGAAGAUUA